UCGAGUGGAUCAAUGCACUGCAAGCAGCUCGCGGUGUCCACAACGUAAACACCUCCACAGCGCCUGCUACACUCCUUUGACCCGACAGCGGUUGAAUCCCUUUUCUAUUGCGUAAAAUGACGGUUAUACUGUAUAAAGGACACAGUCGAGAAAACUCGCCGGUCCGUCACCCCGAGAUCAACGUGUACUCCAACGUGGACGGCAAACGCUACAUGAAUGAGAGCCACGUGCGAAGGCAGCUGGUGAAGCAGCUGGUGUCACCUGUGAAGUGGGAGCAAACUCUGCACAAGAUCUACGAGAGGACGCAGGGAAGGAAGUUCCCCCACACCUACGAGGUCGGCCCCGGAAAGCAGCUCGGCGCCACACAAAAGUUCAAAAGUGUAACAUGAAGGCCUUCAAAACAACAUCGCCUUACAUCAAAACCCAUGUGUCCUAAAAAGGAGGGAGCGCUGGCAAGCAAUGAGUUCAUCUCUAAAUUCAAGAUAAGAG